AUGGCUGAUCCUUCGCCCCCAUCGCCUGCAAAGGUGGUGGACAUCCACACCCACAUGUACCCUCCUUCCUACGUCCAGAUCCUUGAGUCACGGUCCACCAUCCCUCUGGUCCGGAAGUUUGCCAGCUCACCGGACCCGCGCCUGAUCCUGCUCGAGGCCGAAGUGCCGUCUCUCAGCGGCGCCGAUGAUGCGUCGGCCAAACCGCCGGGGCGGCCCCUGACCAAGCACUACUCCUCGCUGGCGCAGAAAAUACAUUUCAUGGACACUCAUAAGAUCGAUAUAUCCGUAAUCUCACUCGCCAACCCAUGGCUCGACUUCCUAGACCCGUCUGAGGCAGGACCCUUCGCGGCCUCUGUGAACAAGGAGUUCAGCGACAUGUGCGCUGCCCACCCCGGACGGCUCUUCUUCUUCGGCACACUGCCCCUAACCGCACCACUGCCCACCAUACAAGAGUCCAUAACACAACUCAAGGGGCUCGACUACUGCCGCGGGGUGAUCUUGGGAACCUCUGGCCUGGGCAGAGGGCUGGACGACGCGAACCUCCUGCCCAUCUUCCAGGCCCUCGCCGACGCAGGGCUGACCAUCUUCCUGCACCCUCACUACGGCCUGCCCAACGAGGUGUGGGGCCCGCGCGCCUCGGAGGAAUACGGCCACGUGCUGCCGCUGGCGCUGGGCUUCCCCAUGGAGACGACCAUCGCGGUGGCGCGUAUGUACCUGGCGGACGUCUUCGACGCGGUGCCUGGCUUGCAGAUGAUCCUGGCGCACAGCGGUGGGACGCUGCCGUUCCUCGCGGGCAGGAUCGAGAGCUGCGUGCUGCACGACGGGCACCUGGUGCGCGAGGGCAAGGUGACGCCCAAGCGGCGGACAGUGUGGGAUGUUCUCAGGAGCCAGGUGUACCUGGACGCGGUCAUCUACAGCGAGGUGGGCCUCAACGCGGCCAUCGAGGCGAGCGGCGGGGCGGACAGGCUGAUGUUCGGGACGGAUCACCCUUUCUUCCCGCCGCUGGGCACGGACGAGGACGGGGAGUGGGAGAGCGUGGGCAUGAAUGCGGAGGCUGUGAAUAAGGCGCUGGGCGAAGGUUCGGAGAAGGCGAAGGGGGUCAUGGGCGGGAAUGCUGCGAGGAUUCUGAGGCUGCAUGGGGUGUGA